AUGACCAGUAGAAGCAGUAAAAUUAUAGAAAUGUUAAAUAGUGUAAAUACAUCUGAGGUCUAUGACAUCUUAAAUAGAACAAUUAAUUCAAAAAAUGAUAUUUUUGUUAUAAGUGAUACAGGAUCUCUGUCUAAACUAGAAUCCUUAAAUGGGAAUACCGAAGUUUCUGUUUCAGCAGAAACUUUAUUUGAGGAUAGGUCUACUGGAGUAGUGCUAAAUAAUGAUCCUUUGAUUAUGUCAUCCUACACUGAUGGUUUUGAUCAAACUUUUGAAACAAGCUUACACCAUGACACAGUUAAAGAUGGAUGUUGGACACUAAAGGAGAUGAGAAUCACCGUGCCGGAAGCUGCACUAUCUGGUGACACGGUGACUUUGGCCUGCGAAUACAAUCUCGAGGAAGUCGCUUUAUACUCCAUCAAAUGGUAUUGGAACGACGAGGAAUUUUAUAGAUACGUUCCCAAAGAAUCGCCGCCCUUUAGGGCUUUCACCGUGACGUUCGCCGACUUCAAUGUUGACAUUGUACGAUCAGGACCGACAGAAGUAACCCUGCGAAAUAUAAGUAGGGAAAUGACAGGUGACUACAAGUGUGAAGUUUCAGCUGACGCUCCUCUUUUUCAUACGGAUAUUCAAUCUGCUCAUAUGACUGUAAUAGAUCCACCGAAAAGCAAUCCUAGGUUGAUAAUAGAGGAGCCUCCCGAACCAACGAUAAAAAUCGAGAUUGGAAAGAGCGUAAGGGCAGGGUGCUCUGCCCCCUGGGGGCCCAACAGCCAGCUUCCACCGAACAUCACGUGGUUUCUUAACGACGAACAGAUAAAAUCUGAACAUCUAGCUGCUCAAGUUUUGCCAACAAAAACAGAGUUCAACAGAACUGCUCAACAAAAAGUAUCGACAUCUAAACUCGAAAUGACAACCACCAAAUCACAUUUCGCGAGGGGAUUACUUAAGAUAAAAUGCAAAGUAUCAUUCUAUUCGAUAUGGAAUAAAACGAUGGAAGUAUUUUUUAAGGAAGAUUCGCCGCUUUUGGCUUCAGUGUUAGGAUCUACGUCUUCACAGAGUCAUACAGAUCAAGUUAUAGGCUGUUCAUGUAACUCCUCUCAACAAAAAAGGGUACCAAACUAUCAAAAUACCCAAGAUUACAAAAAAAAGAAAUCUAGAACUGAAACAUCAUCAAGUGAUAGUGAUAGCGGACCCAUUAAUGUACGCCAGAAAACACCAUCUCCUACUCCAGGCUGUUCAUAA